GGUUCGCUCACCACGCAACCUCACCGUGACAACGUGUGAUCAGUCGAGUAUCUGGUUCACUUCAACCGUCCCGUCGAUAGCCGUAUCCUGACCGAGCAACAUAAUGUGCUAGACGCCCUCUGAACCGCGAAUGCUGCACCCGUACGUAUGGAGUACCCAAUGGGAAAGUACCUCCCUUCGGGACUGCAUGCCAAGCUACCUGAUGGACUUCCACGUUCCUUUUCCCAGAUGGACAACACCGCAAUCACCAACAACAACAACAAUAACAACAACACGAUGCCAAAGCGCAGUCAUACGUCCUCGUCAGGAGGCAGUCCCGUGGCCAUCUCUUGCCUCUACGUGUCUCCGAUGUCGGAUGCACAUGUUUUCUUCAUGGAAUUCCACAAGGCUGGCUGCUUUACGUCACAGGCGCUUUCUUCGCCAUGUUCCGAAGUUGGGACCCCGCCCCAAGGAAGUCGUCUAGAAAGGCAAGAGAAAACUAGGCUGAACCUGCCCUUUCUAGGAAUCACGGAGCUUUGCAACAAGAUCAGCCUUACUGCCACGCCCUCAGGCGGACAUGUGUGGGGUUCAACUCAGCCACCUUUGAUCGGUGCGUGACUCUGGCUUCACUGCCUAUGAGCUGUUAGCCCAAGUGUGCUGUUGUCCUUCGUGACGAUCUUUCCAGGACGCCGAUGCAAUGAGAGCCUCGGUUUUGCGGUUCGAAGCUCCUGGAUGAGGAAGAAUUUGGGCGGUGGACGAGAGAGUUGAGUGUGUAGAUGCAACAAGGAGAAUUCUGCGUUUAGAAGGCGAUUAUACGCGCUACCUCGACCUACGACAACCGGCAUACCGGCGCCUG